AUGAGGAUCCAUUUAUUUUUGAUCUUUUACUUUAAUUUUUUAUACAUAAUAAUAGGAAGUAAAGGCUUUUAUAACAUUGACGCAUAUUACAAUUUAAAUAAACCUGAUAUUAAGUGUGUGAAGUGUAUAAAAACACAAAUAAUAAGAAAUUUAGCGGAAGUAUUUAAUAUUAAUGAUGAGGAUAUUUUAGAUGAUUCAGGUCUUACAAUAAGAGAUGUACAAUUGCUAUAUAAUCUGAGUGAAACAAAAGAUGAAAAUACAGUACUUGAAGGAUACUUUGGUGAUUCAAGAAGUUUAUUUGUAAAAUUAGUAGAUUUAGUAUUUUUAGAAGAUUUUAAUGAAAGGUUGAAACAAGAGAAAAAGAACAUUAAUUCUAUGUAUUAUACAUUGGAGCUUAUGGAGAAUAAAAUAAUGAAUUAUUUGGAUAUUUCACUGGAUAUUGCAAGUAAUCAUAUUAAAUGUGUAUUUAAGAACCUUGAAUCUCAUGAAAAUGAAUUACGUUCAUAUACAAACGUUAAUGUUGAUAUGAAUAUUAGCAAAAAUGGUGCAAGGUUAACAAUUAAUAGAAAUGAUGCAGAUGAUUAUUUCAGGAGUUCAAAUUUGGGUAAAAAAAUUGAUUUAUGGCUUAAAAAAUCCUUUAAGUUUUUUAAUAAAUUACGUAAAAUGAAUAAUGAAUUUUUGUCUGAGAUUAAUAAGGAUAUGUAUGAUUAUAAUCUUUAUAUGUCUAAUUAUAUAGGUACAUCUGAAAAUAUGUUUCCUUUAAAAUAUGCCCAUUUAGAUAAUUUGGAACUGGUUAAUUUUAAUGACUCAUUAGAAAAGAUUUUAGGUGAAUUUCAUAGAUUUUUAUUUACUAAAAAUAAAUUAAAAGGAACUUUUAUUACAAAUGAUUCUCUCAUAGUAUAUAUUGAAGAAUUGAAUUUUUUAAUUCAUAAUAUGCAUAAAACAUUACAUGAGACUAUAACAUUAAAAACGCAUAAGUUAUUUGUAAAACUAAAUAAGAAAUUAAAUGGUGAUAUAAAAUGCAUGAUAGCCUUUAUUGCAUAUAUACUUGAACACGAUAAAUCUAAAAAUAAGUUUAAAUUGGAUGAAUUGAAAAAUAAACAUGGAAAAGAAGUAAUUAAGGAUAAAUUUUUGCUUCAUAUAUAUAAAUUACUUUUACAAGAAAAAGAAGAGAUAAACAAAUCCUCAAAUAAAUUUAAAACAUAUAUAAAAGAAAUUUUGGGUUUUGAUGUGGAUAGUUCAGGCAUUAAAUCAUUAGUACAAAAACUUUAUGGAUUAGAAGAAGAAGAUAAUUUAAAACUCCAAUUAAAUGAGAAAGAUGGAUUUAUACCAUUAUUUAGAGUUAUUGUAUACUCAUUAGGGUGCUUGAGGAAAUUAAAAGAGUAUUCGGAUUUUAUAGAAUUACUUAAAAGUGAAUCGGAAAUUAGCUUUAGUACAGAAUUUGAAAAUAUUCUUAAAGGACAAAAUGACGCUUUAUAUAUUCCAGAACAUAAAUCUAGAAGUUUAACAUUACAAUUUUUGGAUAUUUAUGAGAGCAGCAUUUUUUUUAUUGGACUUAGGAGGAGCAAUUCAGAGUUAAUUGAUCAGUCAACAAAGGUAGAUAGUUGUGUAAAAAAAAUUAGAGCCCUUAAUUCUUUAAUAAGUUUAUUAAUUGACGAAUUGAAAAAUAGAAAUAAAUUCCAUUUUUGUUCUGUAUAUAGAGAAUUAAGCAAAAAUGCCAUUAUAUUUUUUCUGUAUGCAAUUAAGAGACUCGUUGGAAAUAAAUUAAGAUACUUUGUUAGAUAUGAAUAA